UGCUACAUCCACUGAUAAUUCAGCAGCUGAGGAACUCAGCAAAGCCUGCUCCAAACUUCUCAGCUGUUGACAGGCUUGACUUGCUGAGAACACUGGUUAAAUAUAGCACAAGCGAGCUGAGCUCAACAAAGUCAUUGCUGUAACACUGUGUGAAGAGACCAGAAGAGGGGAAAUACAAUCUGAGAACUAAACUGCCAAAGCCUAACACCACCUAGCAACAGUUGAAAAAACUUUUAAACAAAAGUCUGGGUGAGACACAGAGUAUACCUCCUACUUCUCCUGCCUGGGAUUUCUGCGAGAAGCAACUCAGUCCUCUGUUCUCUACCCUAUUUCCUUCAUUCCUUCAGCUGCUGGUAGACCUUGAAAAGUGGGAAAAGUUUCUCUCUUUGUGUUCUCCUGGGCUCGAUCAGGCUACUGCUGUGGUAGUACUGUGGGACAAGCUACUGCGAUCUGGCAGUGUAAAGGAUCUAUUCCUAAGUUCUUGCUGACAGGGAGCAGCAGGGACCCCAGUCAGCCCCAGGUGGGAGCAGCAGAGCGAUGGCACAGGGACAGAUCCAUCCUCGACCCCCUCCUACCCCCUCCGGACCUAGAUUCUAGCGAAGCCCCUGCUCUGGAAGCAUCCCUCAAUACAGGUAGGGAUGAGAUCCCGAAACCAAGGUGGAGAAAGCUCGUCUAACGGGCACUUCUCCAAUUCCAAGCCUGUCAUCAGCCAUGCAGAGAACGAAAAACUCCAGGAUGAUGCCAAGAAAAAGAACAAACCUCAUCGGAAGGAAGAUGAGGUCAUGGUUUCAGCAACUGUCAAACGGCACUCAAGAUCACCUGGGCCUAGUGAACGAAAGAACAAGAAGUCCAUAGAGCUCUCUAAAGAGGACUUGAUCAAACUCCUCAGUAUCAUGGAAGGAGAACUGCAGGCAAGAGAGGAUGUGAUCCACAUGCUGAAGACAGAGAGAACCAAACCUGAAGUUUUAGAAGCUCAUUAUGGGUCUGCUGCUCCAGAGAGCGUGCUGCGAGUGCUACACAGAGAUGCCAUCCUUGCCCAAGAAAAAUCUAUAGGGGAAGACGUCUAUGAGAAACCAAUUUCAGAGCUGGACAGGCUUGAAGAAAAGCAGAAGGAGACAUAUCGACGCAUGCUGGAACAGCUUCUUUUGGCAGAAAAAUGCCAUCGCCGCACAGUUUAUGAGCUUGAAAAUGAGAAGCAUAAACAUACAGAUUACAUGAACAAGAGUGAUGACUUCACCAACCUCUUGGAGCAGGAGCGGGAGAGGUUGAAGAAACUUCUUGAGCAGGAGAAGAUCUAUCAAGCUCGUAAGGAGAAAGAACAUACAAAGAGACUUAGUAAACUACGAGAAGAACUUGUCAAGCUCAAGUCAUUUGCACUCAUGCUGGUGGAUGAAAGACAAAUGCAUAUUGAACAACUUGGUCAACAGAGCCAGAAAAUACAAGAUUUAAAUCAAAAACUAAAGGAAGAAGAAGAAAAGCUUAAAAUCAUUACUGCAAAAACAAAAGAGGAUGGACAAAAACUGAUGAAGUUAGAGACAGAACUUGAACACAAAACAUCAUCAUUUUCUCAAGAACAUGAGGAGAUGAUGGCUAAACUGGCUAAUCAAGAGUCACAUAACAGACAGCUAAGGCUCAAGUUGGUUGGGUUGACUCGCAGAAUAGAGGAGUUAGAAGAAACUAACAAAAGUCUUCAAAAAGCUGAGGAGGAACUUCAAGAACUAAGAGAUAAAAUAGGAAAAGGGGAAUGUGGGAACUCUAGCUUAAUGGCAGAAGUGGAAAACCUUCGCAAGCGUGUGCUUGAAAUGGAGGGAAAAGAUGAAGAGAUCACAAAAACCGAAUCCCAGUGUAAAGAGCUGAAAAAUAAACUGCAAGAGGAAGAGCACCAUAGCAAAGAGUUGAAACUUGAAGUGGAAAAGUUGCAGAAGAGAAUGUCAGAACUGGAGAAACUGGAAGAGGCUUUCAGUAAAAGUAAGUCUGAAUGCACCCAGCUACACAUCAACUUGGAGAAAGAAAAGAAUUUAACUAAGGAUUUGAUAAAUGAGUUGGAAGUGGUGAAGACUCGAGUGAAAGACCUUGAGGCAUCAGAAAGUAAGUUGGAAAAGGCUGAAAUAAGCUUAAAAGAUGACCUUGCAAAGCUGAAGUCAUUUACUGUAAUGUUGGUUGAUGAACGGAAAAAUAUGAUGGAAAAAAUAAAACAGGAGGAAAAAAGGGUUGAGGGUCUAAACAAGAAUUUUAAAGUUGAACAAGGGAAAGUUAUGGAUGUAACAGAGAAGCUGAUAGAAGAAAGUAAGAAAUUUUUGAAACUGAAAUCUGAAAUGGAGGAAAAGGUGUCUAGUUUGACAAAGGAAAGGGAUGAGUUGAUUGGCAAACUGAAAAGUGAAGAAGAAAAAUCGUCUGAACUAAGCUGCAGAGUUGACCUGUUAAAGAAAAGGAUUGAUGGUAUGGAGGAAGUAGAAAGAGAAAUUACGAGAGGUCGAGCCAGAAAAGGACCAGAGCAUGGUUGUCAUGAGGACAACAAGAUUAAGGAGCUUACCAUUGAAAUUGAAAGACUGAAAAAACGUCUCAAACAAUUGGAAGUGGUUGAAGGAGAUUUGAUGAAGACAGAAGAUGAAUAUGAUCAGCUAGAGCAGAAAUUUAGGACUGAGCAGGAUAAAGCUAACUUACUUUCUCAACAGCUGGAGGAGAUGAAGCUCCAAAUUGCCAAAAACAAAGCAAUAGAAAAAGGUGAAGCAGUGAGCCAGGAGGCAGAGUUGAGGCACAGGUUUCGUUUGGAAGAGGCUAAAAGCAGAGAUUUAAAAGCAGAAGUUCAAGCUCUUAAGGAGAAAAUCCAUGAGCUGAUGAACAAAGAAGACCAACUUUCUCAGCUUCAGGUUGAUUACUCGGUUCUGCAGCAGAGGUUUAUGGAAGAAGAAAAUAAAAACAAGAGCAUGGGACAGGAAGUUCUGAACCUAACAAGAGAGUUAGAGCUUUCUAAGCGUUACAGCCGUGCUCUGAGGCCCAGCAUAAAUGGACGAAGAAUAGUCGAUGUUCCUGUGACAUCCACUGGUGUGCAAACAGAUGCUGUAAGCAGUGAAGCAGCAGAAGAAGAAACUCCAGCUGUGUUUAUACGUAAAUCCUUCCAGGAGGAGAAUCACAUCAUGAGCAAUCUGCGACAGGUAGGUCUGAAGAAACCCAUGGAGCGUUCUUCAGUCCUUGAGAGAUACCCUCCAGCAGCGAAUGAACUUGCAAUGAGGAAAUCGUGGAUACCAUGGAUGAGAAAGAGGGAAACUGGGGCUCAGGCAACUCCGGAUAAAGGAACCCGAGCCCACGGUAGUCCAACACAUCCUGGGGAGGUUGUCCUUUCUCCAAAACAAGGUCAGCCUCUUCAUAUUCGGGUGACACCAGACCAUGAGAACAGCACAGCUACUUUGGAGAUAACCAGUCCAACCUCAGAGGAGUUUUUUUCAAGUACCACUGUCAUUCCUACUUUGGGAAAUCAGAAGCCACGAAUAACCAUCAUUCCUUCUCCAAAUGUUAUGCCCCAAAAAGGAAAAGGCAGUGAAAGUCCAAUGGGCCCAGACCGUUCUAUGUCUCCCGUCACUAUAACAACAUUCUCCAGAGAAAAGUCUCCAGAGGGAGGGAGAGCACCCUUUGUCGACAGACCUGCAUCACCGAUUCAGAUUAUGACAGUAUCGACAUCCGCAGCACCAACAGAAAUCUCUGUUUCUCCUCAGUCACAAGACACGACCAUGGGAAGGGCCGUCUUCAAAGUUACACCAGAAAAACAAACCGUCCCAACUCCAAUCCGGAAAUAUAACACCAACGCCAACAUUAUUACAACAGAAGACAACAAAAUCCACAUCCACUUAGGUUCCCAGUUUAAACGCUCUCCUGGUGCCACGCUGGAUGGUGCAAGUCCUGUGAUAACUGUCAGACCAGUGAACAUAGCAGCCGAGAAGGAAGUUGUCACUGGAACCGUCCUUCGAUCACCCCGGAACAACCUGUCCUCGCGACCUGCAGCGAGCAAGGUGACAAGUACUAUCACUAUAACUCCUGUUACUACGUCUUCCACACGAGGAACACAGUCAGUGACAGGACAGGAUGGGUCAUCCCCGAGACCUACACCCACCCGCAUUCCUGUGUCAAAAGAGAGCGUCAUCAUUCACCAGUUACGCAUGAGCUCCAGAUGAGUUACCAGCCCAGUAGAUUCUCUCUGUGUGCACUGCCCUCCUUACCAGUUGGAUGGAUCACUGGAGAAGCUCUCUACCAUCAACACCAGGGUCACUUGUGCUACUGAUUCUUCGUGGAAGUUUUUAUUGCUUCCAUUACAUUUUAUGUAUUUUAUCUUGGUAGAGCUUUAAGAACGAAGGGCCUUGCUGAUAUUUUGAAAGAUACAGGCCGGGAUACAGGGAGAAAAGCAGCCUUUCUGCCAGCUGAAUUUCACUUUUAUUUGCAAAGCCUAAGGCACGCGCUUGAUUUCGUUUGAUGUUUGCUAUAUAAUUUAUUUUUAUAAUACACUUUGUAAAGUAACUGUCCCAAAGUUGCAAUUCCUGUUGUCCAUGGCGCAUUUAUUUGUAGAAUACACUGUCAAAUUCGCAAUUCGAUAUUUUUGUAAUAUAGAGUAUGUAAAGAAAGAAAAAUUUAACUUCAACAAUGUUUUGUUUUUAAAUGGAAAAAUAACUCAGCGCAAUUUUUUUGCCACCAUAUGAUUCUGUGAGACUAAAUACUCUGAAGACUGCUGUAUGGAAUUUGUACUAUUGCAGAAUGUUUCUUGCACUGUGUGACGGUUUGGCAUAAAACUAUUAACUGUUAAAGUCCAAUGUCUUGAAAUACAACCAGAUUUACUCAUUUUAAACAACGUAAGCCGGUUUUUAAAGCUGUGAUUUUUUUUUUCUAUAUAAUGUAUGUUUUUAUUCUGGCUGUACCAAAAAAGUUGAUUUUCACUACACUGUAACUAAUAAAUUUUCACAACUAUGCAAAUGUAAGCGUUUCAAUUUUAACUCUAAUUUCUUAAUGUUGACAGUCUUUGCAUACGCAUUUGUUUAUAGAGACAGAAUGUAUGGCUUUGGAAGUGACUUUCUGACAGGUAUUCCACUGCAGUAUCACAGUAAUACACCUAGUAAAACUGACUAUAAUACUGUUUAUGAUACGAAGAGGGAUCUAUCACCAAGCACUCAAUGACAUAAUUGUGCUAACCUGGUGCUUUCACUGCUUUGGCAGAUAGGUUUGGUUGAUAUGAUCAGACUGUUUAGUGCAAGACUAAUAGGACUGUAUACAUGAGAUGCCAUGUGGUGAACUCAGCAUUUUACACUGGUGGCUGUAGCUUUUCAAAUAGCACCCAGAGACUUCUGUGGCAGCUACACUUAAAAUGAUUAUUGAAUGAAUUAUACUUAAAGCUGGAUAAAACCCAUGCCAGGUUUUUUUUCUUAUACAUUUCAUAAUAAAUUAUCUUUAAUCUAAGUCGUGGGCACAUAUUUAAAAUACCACAGUUUUUUUUUAAUUGUAGAAGCUACUGGGAGAAACUAUUUUUUGGAAGAGAAAGCAGCGUUGCUUGCAGGAGAUAUGAUGUGGGAUGCCAGAAAAAGUGCAUUAACUCAGUGUCCCACUGAGAUGAGUAGGCCAGUUACCUUUGAAGCUGGAAUAACGCAUUGGUACAUAGCCAAUUUGAUCUUCAUGCUUUAGUUCGCUUGCCAACCAUGGGAGCUAUUUUCUCUCCUAGAUAUGAGCUCCGCAUCAAAUGUUUAAAUUGUAGAGAGUCAGGAUAUUCUGGGACCUGUACGAACUCUCUUGGAGUUGAUCUGCACUGGGAGGAGAUAGCCAAUAAAACUCUACUGAAUAAUCUAAACAAAAUAAAUGCUGUUUAUACUUGCCAAACUCAUUUGUUAGUAUAGUUUUUGACUACACCAGGAUUUCAGCUGAUACAUCAAGUUUAAUUUUUUUUUUUUAAUUUUAUUUUUUUUACAACUAACAAUGUAUGCCAAUUAGGUAGCUGUGUCUGUAGGUCAAAUUUUAGAGUGAGUUGAGAAGAAUUCCAGCUUUCAGAGAGUAAUAGAGCUUGGGGUGAAUCAUGUUUAGUAUGUGCCACGUUUCAAUUUACCGUGCAGUGGAAUGAACAUAGUACUGACCCAAAUCUUCUAGUUUUAAAGCAUCGCUUGUGAAUCCAGAACUAUCCAUGAGCUCACCUGGAAUGAAACUGCCAGCUAUCUGAAAGUGACAGUGACAUACCUGAAAUAAAGUUUUACAUAUGAGCAACAUAUAAUACAAUCUUACUUUGAAGUUGAGACAGGAUUUAAAAAGUUCCAAUCAAAGUAGAAAAUAUUUUCCUUGUCUAGAUUUUAAUAUAAAGCUGAUUCAGUAUGUGUGUAUGUACAAGUUGUCCCCUUUUGUUUUAUGAUUCCUAAACAAAUACUUAAACUUUUAUGGUUUCGUAAAUGCAUUACAUUUUUAAG